GCAGCCACUCUAAGCUAAAUAUUUUACCAACAUAUUUUCAGCAUUAAACAAAUAAAUAUCUGUACUGGAAACGUUAACUACGGGCUCCCACAUAAAAUUUAAAAUGGACGACAUACGUAGCAGCAUAGAUGAUAUGAUGGACCGCUUUAACGACAGCAUAACCCAUUCAGCACCCAAGAAACUACUUUUCAACCGGCUUUCCGCCUCCUUCGAUUUAGGACCUUCACCCAAUAAGCGACGCCUUGAACAGGAAUCACCGGAACGCAGUCUUAACGCCAGCUCCUCUUCCCUCAAUAUGUCCGCCAACGAUUCCAUGGGUUCCUUGCAGAACAGCAAACUACGGACCGAGCUGAUCCAAACCAAGGCCAUAGUAAUGAAGCUGCGUAAUGAAAUCGAACAGAAGGACCGGGAACACAAAGAGGCCAUAUUGCUGGCUGAGAACAAUAGCACGGCCUUAAAGGAGCAGUGUGACAUCACCACCAAGAAGUAUUUGGAGCUGCAGGAUGAUCUUAAGGCGCUUCGGAAACGGGAGCUGGUCCUGAAGAAUGAGGCCAGUCGGGCCACCACCGAGUUGAGCCAACUUAGGCUAAAGUUCGAUGAAUACACGAUCAAGUUGCAGAAGGAGAAGUACGUGCAGAAGGAGGAUGCCCGCGAUGUGCAGCUGUGCAUCAACAACGAACUGAGCGAAUAUCGUCGCAUAGCCCAGCGGGCCGAUCUCGAGCUUCAGUCUACGCGCAACGAAGUGGAGCGUCUACGUCAACUCCAUGAGGAGUUGAAGGAAAAGGUGUCCGGAUUCGAGCAGCUGCGCGCCAGUCACGAGAAGCAAACGCAAAGCUUGAAGGUGGCCAACGAUCGCAUCAAGGAGCUGGAGUUCGAAAUUCAGUCGUAUAGCGACUGGAAGGAGGUGGUCAAAACCUCACGGGAGCGCCUCGCCAGUGUUCCAGAUUUGCUUGCUGAGGUGGAGCACCUGCGCAGCCACAACAAGCAUUUAAACACUCUGAUAGGCGAUAAAUUGCUUCUAGAGGAGCAGGUCUACGAUUACAAAACGCGACUGGACCGGGAGGAAGGUGCUCGGGCAGAAGCAGCUUCCCUGCAGGUGAAACUGCUUCACGUGGAGCAAGAACUCAAGGAGUGGGUCAAGGUGGCCCAGGAUCACUGCUUGGCCAACACUCUGGUCAGCCCAAUGGCCCUACGCUCGCGCAUUGAGCAACUGCUAAAAGAAGACGUCAUUCACGUGGCAGAGAAGACAUCAUCGGCUUCGGAUACUAAGCAUUUGAAUACCACAGUUCGAGAUCUAGAGCAAAAGUGCGCCAUUUACUUGAAGAACAUCGAGGAUCUCAAUAUCGGAUUGAAACGCCACAAGAACUUCAAGGAGCGGCUGCAGCGCAAACUAAUCACCGUGUCUAAGGAGCGCGACUUCUACAAACAACUGGUGGAAAAUUUCGACAAGGACAUGACCAUGAGCAAUGCCAGUGUGGCGGACAUGACGCAGGACAUGCAGGUGCGCUUCCGAAUGGAGGUGCUUGAACGCACCGUAACCGGAUACAAGGACAUGUGUGCCACAUUGGAACGCGAAAUUCAAUCCUUGCGCCAGCAGGAGCUUAUGAACGAACCCGCCGGAGAGGGCUACGAUAGCGUCAAAAAGGAACUGGAUACGCUGCGGCUUGAAAACGAUCGACUGCGUCGGCGCAAGGAGGAACUGGAGAUGGAGAUGAUGCAACGCUGCCUGCGGGGCGACUUUAACAUGAAGGACUUCAAGGUGGUACACUUCAGUGAAAAUCCCGCUGCCGAAGCCUAUGAGUCCAGCAAGAACAUGAUGGAGAAGCUGCAGGCGGAGAUUGAGCGACUCAAGCGGCGCAACAAGAAGUUGGAGGACGAUCACGAGCAGAGGCUCAAUGAAACCACCAGCACGGGCGGCAUGACACUGAACUUUAAGGAGUUCAAUCAACUUCGAGCCGAAUUGGAGUCCGCCAAUGGCAAGAUGCGCAAGAUGAAGGAUUGCUUCAAGGCGGCCAGAGAGGAGUUCCGCGAUGUGUGCUACAUGCUGCUGGGCUAUAGGAUCGAUCGCAUUGGUGCCAACAGCAACUAUCGCAUAUCGAGCAUGUUUGCAGAGGGACCGGAUGACUAUCUGGACAUCAGCCUCAACGAAUCGAACUGUUUGGCGCUGCUGGAGUCGCCAUAUUCGCACACAUUCAAUCCGCCUAUUGAUCAGCAGCUGGCAGCCAGCAACUUUCCCGUAUUCUUUUCCGCCCUCACCCUAGAACUUUUCCAAAAGGCCACUGUCACGAUGACCUAGUUCACUAGUUUAGUCUUAGCUUAAGCUAGCCGAGUAUGAAGGCAUUGGAACUUAUUCUUGUCCGCAUCAGAUAUACGAUUGGUUUUUUAUUUUACCACAAUAACAAUAAGCGUUCCCACGGACUGCAUGAAUAAACAUAAUAUUUUUCUA